AUGGCUACAGACUUCAACCUGAUCUCGUUCGGCAACUUCAAAGCGACAGGUGGUGGCUCCAGCAUCAGAGGCCGUCUGUCAGUCCAACACAAUGUGUCCAUCUCCGGGACCUUCAGCAUCGGCGGUGCGCGCAACGUGCGCCAGCAGCGCUACUCGGUGGUGAUAGGCGGAGAGUCGGUGACGUGGCGCUCGGGCAGCGUGAGCGGCGGCGGCUUGCUGGUAACCUCUACCAACGAGGGAGCCAUGCAGCUGGACUUGGGCAAUUCCCUCCAACGACAGACCGUGGGCGGCUGCGACGUUGCCUCCAACUGCUUGAUUUCGUUCUUCGAUGAUGCCUUCUCCUACUUUGAUGGCUUCACCAGCGACAUGGCCAGUGACGCCCAGGCCACCGGCGCCGGCUCAGUGACCCUGCUGCACGGCGGGCUCCACUUCACCGGUCCUCGCUGGGUGCAAGGCACCAGAUGUCUGGUGUUCCGCGUGCCCUUGGAGCAGUGGAACUUGGUGCACUACUUCACCAAGGCCUAUGUUGUGGAAGACCAGGAGUUGGUGGUGAUUGACCAGGACGGUACAUUGUUCAAGUCAUUGUGUUUGCGGAAGGUGUCGCACAACCUCCCCCGCUGA